GAAGCGUGUGGGCGAGGAGCUGGAAGAGGGGCUUAGAGAAGGAGGCGGGGCCCAGAGACUGCAGCACAUCCUUCACCUGGCCUCAUCCACCGGAGAGUACGACAAACUCACACAGGGUCUCUAUGAUAACUUCCUGUCCAUGCGUGUGAAAGACCCCAGUCUGGGCGGAGUGUGUCAGGCUCUGGAUUGGCUGGGUUUCUCAGACGGGUUGACCCAGGCCAUGCUGCAAGGGCAGAACUUCUCUCUGCUGCGAUACCAGCCCUUCCUCCCCGUAGCUUUCCACUUCCUGUUUGCUCACACACACGUCCCCCGGAUCAACUACCCCCACAGCCAGUACGAGGCUCUAACUAAGACCACGGCCAGCAGGAACGCUCUGGCGGCCAUGUUGUCUGACGUCCCAGCAUGCAUCAGGACCAGAGUCAGUGAGCUCAGUCUCAGUCUGGACAUCCUGUCUCUCCUGCUGGAUAUCAUCUGUCCUAAAUUACGACCUGUGAACCCCCAGUUGUUCAGCAGUAGAGAGAAACAACAGCUGGUUGAGCUGAUCGACACCAUGAUCUCCUAUAACCUCUGCUAUAGACAGGACAGAACACCUGACGGACAAUAUGUCUACGUACUGGAGCCGCGUGUGGAGGAGGUGGUGUGUUUCCCAGGCCUGCCCCCCACAGACAGCUGA